AGGUUUCUCUAUACAGAAAAUGGAGUUUUUAAACCUUUGGAGAACUCAAUUAUCACAAUACUUCUAUACUACCAACUAAGAUUUAUGGCAGUAAAUUUAUGACAAUAAAUUUCCUCAUUAUAGAACUGCUGAAGAACUAAAAAAGGACAUUCUUUCAUAAAAAUAUUAUAGUAUCAUAUUACUAAAUAAAACUAAAAAGCACAUUAUUAAAUUAUUAGACUUGUUAAUACAAGCACACAGCUUGUAUUAAUGUGCAACAGCUACUGACACUGAUGGUUACCAAACCUCAAAUUUAAAGGGUUUCUCUUCAUGGGAAAAAUUGUAUAGUGGCAAGAAACCACUAAACAUUCUCAUUAAAUAUAUUUUCAACUAAGUGUCAUUUAGGAGAAUUUUCUUGAAACAAGUUCUAGAACGUUCCAAGUCCCACCACUAAGUAGAUUUGGUAUUAUGGCAGCAACUUACAGACUUGUGGUUAGUACUGUGAACCACUACAGCAGCGUGGUGAUAGACCGACGUUUCGAACAAGCUAUACAUUAUUGCACUGGAACCUGCCACACCUUCACACAUGGAGUUGACUGCAUUGUGGUACACCAUAGCGUUUGUGCAGACCUUUUGCAUAUCCCUGUGUCUCAAUUCAAAGAUGCAGAUCUGAACUCUGUAUUUUUACCCCAUGAAAAUGGGCUUUCCUCUACUGAAGGUGACUAUCCACAUCAGGUCCUCCCAGGCAUACCGAGAGUCAAGAAAGUAUCCACAUUUCAGAAUACCUGUAAUUUAAAGGACAUUGCUGGAGAAGCAAUCAGUUUUGCCAGUGGAAAAAUAAAAGAAUUUUCCCUUGAAAAACUCAAAAACUCUAACCAUGCAACUUACAAAAAGGGAAGGAAAGUUAAGUCUGACUCAUUUAACAGGAGGUCAGUUGACUUUGACUUGCUCUGUGGUCAUUAUAACAAUGAUGGGACCUCCCCAUCCUUGGGUUUACUUAGGAGUUCCUCAGUUGAGGAAAAAUCUUUAUCCCAUAGAAACUCACUUGAUGCAAACCUGACUUCCAUGUUCUUUCAGAACUUCUCUGAAGAAGAUCUUGUUACUCAGAUUUUGGAAAAACAUAAAAUAGAUUCUUUUUCUUCUGGGACUGACAUAAAAAUGUGCUUGGACAUCUUACUGAAAUGCUCUGAGGAUUUGAAAAAAUGCACAGAUAUCAUAAAACAGUGCAUAAAGAAAAAGUCAGGAGGUAACAUUAGUGAAGGAAGUGGUAAUGAUGCAAUUUCUAGCUCCGAAACUGUCUAUAUGAAUGUAAUGACCAGGUUAGCAUCCUAUCUGAAAAAGUUACCAUUUGAAUUCAUGCAAUCUGGGAAUAACGAGACCAUAGAUUUCACAGAACUGGUCAAUAAUAUGCCUACCUUACAACUGACUCCCUUUUCCCCAAUAUAUGGCUCUGAACAGCCCCCUAAAUAUGAAGAUGUUGUCCAGCUCUCAACCCCUGAUUCUUCACAGUUUCAAACUCUCGAAUUGCAAGAUGACAAGCAUAAUUCUAGGAUAACAGACAGUAUAAAAGCCAUUCCAAACACAAAUUCCUUAUAUAGCUUAGAAGUAAAUGAUCCCAGAACUAUAAAAACUGUCCAGCUUCAAUCACUGCCAUUAACCAUGAACCCUUUAGAGAAUGUUUCUUCUGGUGACUUAGUGGAAACUCUUUAUAUUGAAGAAGAGUCAGAUGGAAAGAAGGCAUUAUUAGAUAAAGGACAAAGGACAGAGAAUGGUCCCGAUCAGGAAUUGUUAAAGGUAAAUGAACAUAGAGCAGAAUUUUUAGACAAUGUUACUCAUCUUCAAAAAUGUCCUGCAGCAAUGCAAAAUGAAAUUGGUAAGAUAUUUGAGAAACCAAUUGCUCAUCUACCUGAGGAAGAUCCUGAAUCAAACGUUCCUAAAGUGGAAGCAGGAGACCAGAGAGAUUUUAUGAACCCUAACAGUCAGGAAGAGAUAGAUAAAUUGUUAAUGGAUUUGGAAUCAUUUUCACAGAAAAUGGAGACAUCUUUAAGACAGCCACUUGCCAAAGGUAAAAACUCCAAUUCUGAAAAUAUUCACAGUCAUUUAACUGGUAAAAUCCCUGUAGAUCUUGAGCCUAAAUCUAAAGUGUCUUCACCUGUGGAAAAAGUUUCACCUUCCUGUCUAACAAAGAUUAUUGAAAACAAUGGACAUAAAAUAGAGGAAGAGGAUCGAGCCCUCUUACUGCGAAUCCUGGAAAGCAUUGAAGACUUUGCUCAAGAACUAGUUGAAUGCAAAUCAGGCAGAGGGAGUCUAUCACAAGAAAAGGAAAUGAUGCAAAUUCUACAGGAGACCUUGACGAGUUCCUCUCAAGCCAAUUUAUCAGUCUGUAGAAGUCCUGUUGGUGAUAAAGCCAAAGAUACAACUUCAGUGGUUCUGAUUCAGCAGACGCCAGAAGUGAUCAAGAUUCAAAAUAAACCAGAAAAGAAACCAGGAACACCACUUCCAACUCCAACCACUUUUCCAGUUAGCCCUCAACCUCUUUCCCCUGUUCCUGCUGUGAACAAUGUUGUGAAUGCACCGUCGUCCAUAAACAUUCCACGGUUCUACUUUCCCGAAGGACUCCCAGAUACCUGCAUUAACCAUGAACAGAUUUUAAGCAGAAUUGAAACUGCUUUCAUGGAUAUUGAAGAUCAGAAAGCAGACAUUCAUGAAAUGGGAAAAAUUGCAAAGAUCUGUGGCUGUCCUCUCUACUGGAAAGCCCCCAUGUUCAGGGCUGCAGGGGGAGAGAAGACAGGAUUUGUAUCAGCACCAUCAUUCAUUGCCAUGUGGAGAAAGUUGCUGAAUAACCAUCAUGAUGAUGCCUCUAAGUUUAUCUGUCUUCUAGCAAAACCCAGCUGCAGCUCUCUAGAACAGGAGGAUUUCUUCCCUUUACUUCAGGAUGUAGUGGAUACACACCCUGGCCUUACGUUCCUGAAAGAUGCUCCAGAAUUCCACUCUCGCUAUAUCACCACGGUUAUUCAGAGAAUAUUCUACACGGUCAACAGAUCUUGGAGUGGAAAAAUUACUUCGACAGAGAUAAGAAAAAGCAACUUUUUGCAAACUCUAGCCCUUUUAGAAGAAGAGGAAGAUAUAAAUCAAAUCACAGAUUACUUCUCCUAUGAACAUUUCUAUGUUAUAUAUUGUAAAUUCUGGGAGCUAGAUAGUGAUCAUGACCUGUUCAUCAGCCAGGCCGAUCUGUCUCGAUAUAAUGACCAGGCAUCAUCAAACAGAAUUAUUGAAAGGAUAUUUUCUGGGGCAGUAACAAGAGGAAAAACAGUACAGAAAGAGGGAAGGAUGAGCUACGCAGAUUUUGUUUGGUUUUUGAUCUCUGAGGAAGACAAGAGGAAUCCUACCAGCAUUGAGUAUUGGUUCCGCUGCAUGGACCUGGAUGGAGAUGGUAUACUCUCCAUGUAUGAGCUGGAGUACUUCUACGAGGAGCAGUGUGAACGGAUGGAAGCCAUGGGCAUUGAGCCUUUGCCAUUCCAUGAUUUGCUGUGUCAGAUGCUUGACUUGGUGAAGCCAGCCAAUGAUGGCAAAAUAACUCUACAAGAUCUGAAGAGGUGCAGAAUGGCUCACAUCUUCUAUGAUACGUUCUUUAAUCUGGAAAAAUACUUGGACCAUGAACAGAGAGAUCCCUUUGCAGUCCAGAAGGACGUUGAAAAUGAUGGGCCUGAGCCCUCUGACUGGGACAGGUUUGCUGCUGAGGAAUACGAGACACUUGUCGCAGAGGAAUCCGCCCAAGCACAGUUCCAGGAAGGCUCCUUUGAAGAUUAUGAAACAGAUGAACCUGCCUCUCCCUCUGAAUUUGGAAACAAAGGCAAUAAAAUAAAUUCAAGCCUUUCAGAGAAACAUGGAAAGCUUCAGUCAGUGGAUGAAGAGUAGCUGCCAAUGUCUACAUAAAAGGAAGAUAUUUUAAAUACUCUUUUCUUGUGAAGA